UUGUUUGAGUUGAAUGACACUAAAAUUAACAAGCUAUGAUUUAUAAUGUUAUGGUCAUUUAUUUUAAUCCCUUGUAUAUAUUGUCUCGAGAUAAAGCCAAGAUUCAGCUUCAACUGUUUUUCAAAAUCAUCAAACCUAACUACUCUUGGUGUCAUUCGACUCAUUUUUAAGAGCUCUUCCCCUAAAUAAAAAAACACAAAGAGCUCUUCCCUUAAGAGCUCUUCCCUUAAAUAAAAAAACACAAACAGGAAAAUAAGCAAAAAAAGCAUAUACAUAUGAAUCAAAGUAUUACCAAAUAUAAUUUUAAAUUAAAGAUAACUGCUGACAAUGAAAAUAAAAUUGAAGAAAUCAAACAAAAUAUUAAACAAUUAUGUAGUGAAAGUAAUGAUUAUCUCAAACAAAAUGGUGAUAAUAUUAAAUUUUUGGAGGAAGAAUUUAAUAAGAAAAUUCAAAAGAUAAAUUGUGACAUUGAAAAUAAAAUUGGAGAAACAAAUCAAAAUUCUAAAAAAUUAAUUGAAGAAAAUAUUAAUCAAUUAAAAGCUGAAAAUGCUAGUAAAGAUGAAAAAAUUAAUUCUGUGAAGGAAGAAAUUAAAAAUGUAAAUGAAUUACUUGAGAAAAAGAUUGGAAAUUUAGCAAUUGAAUUGAAUAAUAUAUAUUGUAAAUGUGUGAAUUUUGUCAAAAUUAAUAAUAAAUGGAGUGAAAUUGACAGUUUAAAAACAUGUUGUGAUAAUAAUUGUAUAAAUACAUACAAACCUAUUGGUAGUUGUAUUAAAGGAAAUGGAUUUGGAAAUUUAAUUGAUGAUGAAAAUAUUAAAUAUUUGGUGAAGAAUGGUGGGUGUAAUAAUGAUAUUCGGGUUUAUGCUGAAAAUUCAUUCAAAAAACCAAAAAAUUGUCUCGAUUAUUCUUUAUAUUAUUUUGAAAUUAAAUGUAAAAUUGAAGGAGAGUUAGUAAAUAAUGUUGGAAAAUAUAUAAGUAUUGGUAUUAAAAAUUGUAAUACAAAUGAAAUGAUUACAUUUUCUGCAACAUUGGCUAAGAUAUAUAACGAGAAAGAUGAAAAAUUUGAAAUUAACAAUGUUUUUUUGAAUAACAACGAUAUUUUUGGUUGUGGAUUAGUUUAUCCUCCAAGUAACAAAUUAAAUGAAAAAUUCCCUUAUGUUUUCUUUACUCAAAAUGGAAAACAAAUUGGUAAGGGUAUAUUAUUGAAAGACAAUUCUGAUUUAUUCAAACCACGUGUUUGGUUGAAAAGUUGUUCUGUUGAUGCAAACUUUGGAAAUGAUUUGCAAACUAAUCCAUUUACUUAUGACAUCUCAAAACAUUCAAUUCUUAAAGAAUUUUAUUGA